UUGCAGUGUGUUGGCACCAGUCUGGAUUCGUGCAGCAAUACAUCAGCAAGUAGCCCAGUAUCCGGACUUGUCAAGCUGCUCAAUUGCACCAUCCAAGGCAUCUUCCAGUAUGGCUCACCACAGGGAACUCUCGAAGCUCUGGUACCUCUGGUUGUGUUAAUCACUAACCGAUUGGGACUGCAAGGCGUCAACCUUCCCAUCCUGACCAGCAUGAAUUUGUGUGGAUCGAUUCCUUGCUCGAAUUUCUUCGUGAAGAACGACACGUGCCUGGGCUCAAUCGACAUUGCGGUGUCCGGUCCUCAAAACAUUAGCAGUUGCACUGGAGACGUCGCUAUGCUGUGCACUGCUGGAUCUCCGACUACCACCAACCAGGUUCAGUCGUUCAUGCAGUCCGUAUUGUGCAUUCUCGGCCAGAUUCCUACGCAGCAGUUCCUCGAUGUCAUCAAGGGCGUCGCCUGCACUCUCGUCAACGUGCUGAACCAAGCCGCUAGCGCCGCUUCUGUGGAUAUCACCGUGACAACUGCGCUGGGUACAUUUGGCAGCGCCCUCACAAGCAGCCUCGGACUAACCUGUUCAUCCCUCACAUUGCCUAGCCUACCUGCUAUUGGUCUGCCUGGUCUGUCUGGCUGAGAAGACUGCUUGCCUUGGGGGGAUAAUGGCAGAGAUAUUGCGAUUGUGCUUGUCAGGGACGACGAAUUGUCACUCCCGUUGAGAAGAAGAAAAGAUGGUGUUGGGAAUUUGCAAUAAA